ACCAACAGAAUAAUAUUCGUUGCAGAACCUAAAAAAAAGGAGAUUUAAAAAGAAGAGAAAAAAAAAGUGAAAAUUCCCCUGGCCCAAAAAAUAGAGCUGCUGAGUGCUGACAUCACCAGACCUUUGACUCUUUAAACCGACCGUCGCCUUCUCUGUUUCUUCUUCCCAUUUCCUUCACUCACUCUCUCUCUCUCUUUCUCUUCUCUGUUCCAUUUUCUCUCCGUCGGCAAACACACAGAAGACAAAAUCCCAAAACGAAUCGAAAUGGUGAGGGACGACUUGUACAUAACGGUGCCGAGCUUCUUCCGGUGUCCGAUUUCGCUCGACGUGAUGAAAUCCCCGGUCAGCCUCUCCACCGGCGUCACCUACGACCGCUCCAGCAUCCAGCGCUGGCUCGACUCCGGCAACAACACCUGCCCGGCGACGAUGCAGGUCCUUGAAACCAAGGAGUUCGUCCCCAACGCCAACCUCCACCGCCUCAUCCAGACCUGGUCCAGCCAAAACCGCUACAAUCCGCUCGACGACUCCUCGGCCUCCUCUGCCGAGUCGGCAUCGCCGCUCUCGCCGGACAAAAUCCAGCUCGUCGUCAAGGAAAUCGGAGGCGAGGAGAAGGAAUCCGGAAGAAAUUGCUCCUUCGACGACCUGUCGAAAAUCGCGUCUUUUGCCGAGGAAUCCAGCGAGAAUCGGAGGUUCCUGGCGAAGAUGGACGGAUUCGUCACAAUGCUCGCUGCUCUGAUUCAUUCGGAUGACAAGGAUCUUUCCCCGCCGGUGGUGGAGCUUGCGGUUAGGGUUUUGGAUUCGGUGUCGACCGAAUUUGGGGAUUUUCACGAGCUGAAGAGAUUGUUACUGAUUCCAAAGGAGAAAUCCCCCAAUUCGCUGCCGCCGUCGCUCCUCCGUGUCAUGAAACAGGGGAGCCGGCCAGAAUCGCGAAUCGCAACGGUACGGAUCAUCCAAUCAAUCGCCAUCGACGCCGAAUCGAAGCUCGCUGUGGCGGAAAGCGACGGAUUACUGCUCCACCUAGUCAAUUCCAUCGCUCCACGGACCGAUCUGCCUCUCAUCGACGCCGUCCUCUCGUGCCUGAUCUCGAUCUCAAUGCCGAAGCGCGUGAAGCCGCAGCUCGUCCGCCUGAGAGCGAUCGGGAAGCUCCGCGAGGUCCUCAGAUCCCCGUCGGUCCCGGCCGCGACGGCGGAGAAGGCCCUGAAGCUGCUCGAGUCGGUCUCGUCGUGCCGGGAAGGGAUGGCGGAGCUGUGCGGGGACUCGGCGUGCGUGGAGGCGGUGGUGAGGAAGGCGAUGAAGGUGUCCGACGCGGCGACGGAGGUCGCGGUGACGAUACUGUGGACGGCGUGCUACCUGUUCAGGGACCAGAAGGCGGCGGACGCGGUGGUCAGGAGCAACGGGCUGACGAGGAUCCUGCUGCUGAUGCAGAGCAACUGCUCGCCGGCGGUGAGGCAGAUGUCGACGGACUUGUUGAGGAUUUUCCGGGUGAAUUCCAAGUCGUGCCUUUCUAGUUACGACACCAAGACCACCCACAUUAUGCCGUUUUGACAAUCAACCCUUGUAAAAAUCCGCAGGAGAAAAGGAUUAAGUAAAAAAGAAUGAUGAAUUUUGGUAGUUUAACUAAAUACUUAAAAUACAGGAGAGAUUAGUCUCCAAUUUGUUUGAUUUUCGAUUAGGGUUAUUAUGAUUUAGUUUGAUUCCUUUCUCUCCCUUGUAAAUUAGGUGACAUUUCUGCAUAUACAAAACAGUAAAUUAUCGAAAAUCGCUGAUUUUGGAUCGAUUUGGUCAAUUCAUCACGACACCUACGUCCGAGGCAACCUGCUACCCGUAAAUAACUAGUAGAAUCAUGAAAAAUAGACAAUUAUUGCAGACAAGGAUUGAAUCUAGAGAAAAAUUGCAUCAACUACAUAGCUUACUUGAUGGGUAAUCUAAUCUACGAUUUUACACUAAUCAUUUUUUAGCAACGAAUAUUGACCUCGCUUAUAGCAUUUGUUAAGUUCUUCCGUCGACAACUUAUUAUUUCAUCGAAUUGGGUUAUUCAAAUCUAGUCACCUAUAAUCUUCUAAUGAUUGUACAAAACAAAGUUGCAUGCUUUGUAAUUGAAUCUUUUCUGAUGUUAACGAGUGUCUGAUAUCCAAUUAAUAGUACGGAUCAAAACUUCCCUCUCCACUCAUUUUUAUCAUAAGAAGACUGAUAGUACAACACAAAGCUACAUGGGGCAACCAAAAGAAGAAGAGGUAACAAAAAAAAUGUACAUAAUGGAAAGGCCCUACUUGAUAGUACCAUGAAGAAUUUUUUGUCCCAAACUAAGAGGAGAAACCUAACAUGUGACUAUGUGAGAUGGUGGAUGUGGAUAUGGAUGUUUGAAUGUAUUAUGACCAAAAUGGAUGAUCCAAAUUCAUUGCUAUGUAUGUUACCUUGAGUGAGAGGGAAGGAAAGGAAAACACAUGAGAAAGGAAAAACCAUCACCACCAUUUUGUAUAUAGCAUAUAGUUUUCAUGUUUCAUGGUUCAUUGAAUGAGCACUUCUACUAUGCUAUAUAGUAUUGGUGCUUUAAUGUACAACUUAAAGUUGUACCAUAACAUUAAAUGUAUAAGUUUAGGUUGUACCAUAAAGCAAUUUGUACCAUUAUGUUAUGGUACAACUUUACAACUUGAAGUUGUACCAUCACAUAAAAGUACAAGUUCAAGUUGUACCAUAAAAGAAUUUGUACAAAAAGUAUAGGUACAAUCUGAAGUUGUACCAUAACGUAAAUGUAUAAUUUUAAGUUGUACCAUAAAGGCAAAAUCCUAUAGCACCAAUACUAUAUAGCAUUGUAAAAUUUCUCUCAUUGAAUAUGUUCUCCUCCUUGUUACUUGUUUUGCUACAAAGCCUAGUGUCAAAAGCCAAACACAUUCCAAAUUGGGGGGAAAAGGAAGGCUAGCUAGGUGGAUUGAACCCCAAACCAUUAGAGGUUGGAGAGUAGUAGUACAUUAAUCAUCCUCUCAUAGUAAGUUGACUCAACAUUAUAUGGGUUGGUGUUGGGUUACUAACAACGAGAAGCAAAGUUCCACCAGAUCUUUUUGACCCGACAAUACUUGAGAGAGGACGACAACCGCGAGAUAGCUGACAUGUUUCACGUCAUCUUCCUUGUAGGCAUUUUCUUUUCUUUCAGUUGUAUGUGCUUGAUUUGUUGAUGAUAGAAAGCAAACACUAGACUCGCCAAUAAGUGUCGUUCAAAAACAUUUUACACCUAAUUUACCAUGUUCAUUUCCUCAAGUCGACUUUAUUACACCGUUGGUUGCAGAACUAUGUUACAAUUGCUUGCAGAACUAUGUUACACUUCAUUUUUAUAAGAGCGGAAGAAAGAAUGUUUUUAGGAAAACCUUUUUUGGAUACAGAUUUGUACUUGAGAACUCUUCCAUGUGAGCGCAACACGUUACCAAUUGAGCUACGUACGGUUAUAUUUUGCUCGUCCUUUGUAGUUCACGUAAUGUGUCUUAUUCUUGAUUUUAAAAUCUUCCAUGGUUCUCUUCUUGUACCAAAUACAAAGCACAUGAUUUU